ACUCUUCACUCCCUACAGAUCUACACGGACUACACGGCCAUAUGCUAUCGCUCCGGUCGACUGCGGUCUUGCUUAUUCAUUCAUGAAUAAUAUCGAGAUACACUUUACGUUGGUUCGAAGCUCAUUUAUAUCGUCUGACAAAGUGCAUCCGGCCCGAUAAAUUGGAGCAUCAUACACCCCCAGCAAACGUAGAGCUCGAGCGAAACGUCUUAUUGAACCAUACCACAUGCGGCUAUAUAUAUUCGAUACGAAAUGGCCUCGAAUAAUAAUACUUUCUCUAUGAAAGACAAUGGCCCUAAGCGACAUGCCGCUUGCGAUGAGUGCCGUAACCGCAAAUUAAAAUGCUCAGGCGAGCAAACCGGCUGUCGACGAUGCACCGCCCAGGGUCUUUACUGUCAUUACUCCAUACAGAAACAAAUGGGUCGACCGCGAAAGAAACAAAAACUGGAUGGCCGUAGAAAUGAUAACAGCGACGGAUCAGAACCACGUUUGUUAGGGGCAAUUUCCGACAUAGAGAAGGAGUGGACUUCGGCAGAUUUGGGUCCUGACACGACUCUUCUAUGCCCACAAGUAUAUCUCAGCCGUUACGGUGGUUACCUCCCUUCCAAAGACGUACUCCACUUUGACUCUUCUUCAUUACCACAACCGCCACAGCUGCAACCCAUCGCUGCGACGAUUGACCCCUGGCCUGAUUUUUCGACGACCUCAGCCUCUGCUUCAAUGCUGUCGAAUGUGCCAUCUUCUGCUGCAUUGGGUGAGGACGCACCCACUUGCCCAUGUCUAUCUUAUCUCUACCUCUGUUUGAGCACGCUCUCAAGUCUUAAUUCAUUCUCGAUCAACCGUGAAACUACCACGUCCCUGUGUACAGCGGCUAGAACCGCACAGUCUGUUAUUCGUUGCGAAAUAUGUCCACUGAGGUUUGCCACUGGCAUGCAAAACGUGAUGAUGCUGGGGACCCUCCUGAGCGUCAUGGCAGACGCCUGGUACAAAAUAUCCCUCACUGAUGCCAGUACUCUAGGCCGAGAACUUGCCUCCCCCGAGUUCAAACAACUGGUCAUGAACAACAAAGACCCUCACGCAGAAGAAUUGGCAUGGAAUCACUGGCUACGGCGAUUCCUUCGCCGCGCUAUCAUUGGUACGCCCAUUGAUCCGAAGUUAUGUCCACCAACAGCUGUUCAUAACAUAACCCCGGAUCUGUAUUCGCUCAUCCGGGAAUUGGAGGAUCGUCAACGAUACUGGCAUGCGGUUCGGAUUUCGCAUCCCACAAAUCCGUUCGAUACAUUGAGAGCUUCCUACGGGUCUGUGUCUACACCGCCAUCAUCAACAUCCACAUCAGACUGCUCAAAGGAGAGCAAUGCGGAUGCAAAUUCUAGUUCCUCUUCAACGGCGAAUACAACAGGUGAAGGAGUGUCGACGGCAUUGCCGCCGGAUCCGGCUGAAAUUCAUCAAAAUGCUCAAGAACAUGAUUAUUUGUGUUUGAAGAUUGUUGGCGCUGCUAAACACGUUAUCAAGAAGUUUGAGUUUGGCCCUGAAGAGUAUCCAGAGGGUGUACCGCCGAUUUUGUUGUCAGACUAAUGAUCGAUGUCUUUUUUUUGGUGCCAUGGCUGAAUGAAAGAUAGUUUACAUAUUACUUGACGAUCUUUUGCGUCAAGGGUGCUUUUUAUGAAGAAAGAUAUGAAAU